AUGAAUUUUUCCCUUUCACUCUUCAUUCGUUCAUUUAUUUGUUCCCACUUUUAUUCCUUGUUUCUUUUUAUUUUUUUUCUAAUUCUUAACUUACCUUCCAAUUUAUUUGUUCCUUUCUUUGAAUUAUUGCCUCUCGUUGAAUUCGCCCACAAACUUCUUUGGAAUAUGCGGAAUAUUCAAUACAGGAAAUCCUUUUUUCUUUCUUUCUUUUUCCUUCCGACCUUUAUUCCUUAUUUCCUUCGUUCUGAAUUUCCUUCUUUCCUUUAUUCCCUUCCUUCUUCUAUUCUUUCCUUCUUCCUUUCUUUCUCUUCUUUCUUUCUUUUUCUUUCUUUCCUUCAUUCUCAUUCUUUCAUUCUUUCCUUAAUUCUUUUAACCUUUCCUUCGUUCUUUAUUUCCUUCCUUCAUUCUUACAUUCUGUCUUUCUUUCCUCCUUUCACUCAUUCUUUCCUUCCUUUCCUUCCUUUCUGUUUUCUUUCUUUCUUUCCCCCUCUUUUCUUUCUUUCCUUCCUCUCUUCUUCCCUUCCCCCUUUCUUUCUUUAUUUCUUUUUUCUUUUCUUUGUAUUCAAUAUUUAUUUUUUCUCUUUCUCUCUUUCUGUUGUUCUUUAUUCUUUUGUUGACCUUUUCUCUUUUUAUGCCAUUUCUAUUUUUGUCCAAUUUGUAUUUUUCUUUAGCCUCCUUUUUUAUUCAUUAUUAUUUUCUUUUUUUGUUGUUGUUGUUUCCUUUGUUUUUACUUUUUCGUUGAUUCAUUUUCUUCCCAACAUUUUUUUUUGUUUCCUCUUUCUUCUUUUCGUUCUAUUCAUUCUUUUCUUUUUACAAAGCGAAAGUUUUGUUCAUUUUUCUUUAAACCCACUUUCUUUUAUCUCUCUUACUUACUUCUUCCGCCUCACUUUAACCUUUCUUCCCAAAGGAAAGUUCAGGCGUUUUUUCUGUACUCAUAAAGAAGUACCGAACACAGACUCACAUGUGUGA